CCCAGAGCCUGACCACGUGCGAGGUGUGCGGCGCCUGCUUCGAGACGCGCAAGGGGCUGUCGAGCCACGCGCGCUCCCACCUGCGCCAGCUGGGCGUGGCCGAGUCGGAGAGCAGCGGGGCCCCCAUCGACCUCCUCUACGAGCUCGUGCGCCACAAGGGCAAGGCCGACGGGGCCCCCUCCGCCCUCGUCCCGCCCCUGGCCAAGAAAUCCUCCGGCUCCCCCAAGGAGCCCGGGGCCGCCCCCCGGCCGGCGCUGCUGGCGCUGGCCAAGGCCGAGCGCCCGCCCGAGGGGGCCGUCAACAAAGCCAUCAAAUCCCCGCCGGGCUUCGCCAAGGCCCUGGCCCAGCCCGGCUCCCCCGUGCUGAAGAAGGUGCCGCCGGCGCUGGGGGGGUCCCCGUCUCCCAAGAAUCCCGAGGAGAAGAGCUCCAAGCUGGCGCUGAGCCCGCUGCCGGGGUCGCCCACGGCCCAGUGGCCGCAGGACGAGGACGGGCCCCUCAACUUGACGUCGGGGUCGGAGCCGGCGCGCGACAUCCGCUGCGAGUUCUGCGGGGAGUUCUUCGAGAACCGGAAAGGUCUGUCGAGCCACGCGCGCUCCCACCUGCGCCAGAUGGGGGUCACCGAGUGGUACGUCAACGGCUCCCCCAUCGACACCCUCCGAGAGAUCCUCAAGCGCCGCCGCGGCGGGAAUCCCAAUCCCGCCGGGAACCCCGCCGGCCCCAAGGCCGUGGCCAAGAGCCUGCUGGGCACCCUGGGACCGCUGGAGCCGCGCGGGCCGGCAGAGCUGCACAUUCCCGCCCUGGGGAAGAAGAAGAAACUCAAGCCAGAGCAGCUGAGGGUGGAGAUCAAGCGGGAGCUGAUGGCCGGAGGGAUCCACGGGGAGCCGCAUCCGUCGGAUCGCGCCUGGUCCCCCCGGGAGGAGAUGUCGCCCCUGAACCUCUCCUCCCGGGCCGACCCUGUGCGCGACAUCCGCUGCGAGUUCUGCGGGGAGUUCUUCGAGAACCGCAAGGGGCUGUCGAGCCACGCGCGCUCCCACCUGCGCCAGAUGGGGGUCACCGAGUGGUCCGUCAACGGCUCCCCCAUCGACACCCUCCGGGAGAUCCUCAGGAAGAAAUCCAAGCCCUGCCUCAUCAAGAAGGAGCCGCUGGCGCCCGGCCUGGAGCCCCCCAAGGCGCUGGGGGAGGACGGGCUGGACCCCAAGCCCCCGGCGGUGCCGGCCGGGAAGGUGCUGCCGGGGCUGGCGCUGUCCCCGCUGGGCGGGCGGCCGGGCAAGCCGGGGGGGGCCCUGGCGCUGACCCCCCUGGGAGCCAAAAAUCCCGGAGCCUUCCUGGCUCCCAAGCGGCCGCUUCCCGACGACCGGCUGGGCCCCCACGGGGAAUCCAAGCACAAGGCCUUCGGCCCCCCCGAGCUGCCCUUCAAGGCCAAGGCUCUGCACGACAAGGCCUCCUCCGAGGUGUGCUGUGAGCCUGUCCCCUAUCCCAUGUCCCAUAUAACUCCCAUUAUCCUGCAACCUCCAAGGCAUCCUCUGACGCGGCGUCUCCGCAGGUUCUGCGAGGUGGAAUUCCAGGGCCCGCUGUCGAUCCAGGAGGAGUGGGUGCGGCACCUCCAGCGGCACAUCCUGGACAUGAAUUUCUCCAAGGCGGAUCCGCUGCGGAGCGAGGCCCCGGCGCCCCCCGAGCCCCCCGCCCUGGCCGAGGCCCAGUAG